AUGUCGGCGGUGAAGCGCUCCCUCAACGUUGGCGUUGUCGGUAUGGGAAACAUGGGGGUCCCAAUCGCCCGCAAUCUUGGCUUCAAGGCGCGCAGUGCGAUGUACUUGCAGAUCCACAGCCGCACGCUCAACAAGGCCCGUCGCGUGUGCGAUGAUCUCGCGGUGGACGGCGCGUCGUGUGCGAUGCGCCUUCAUGACCGUUACUCAACCAUGACCAAGUGGUGCGACGUGAUGAUGCUGGUGCUGGCAGAUGUGCGGGCCGCACGGCAUGUCCUUCUGGAGGACAACGAGGCGCUCAUCCGAAACGCGCGCAAGGGCCAAAUCAUCGUCGAUCACACAACGGUGGACAUUGAGACAUCCCGCGAGUGUGCGUAUGAGGCGGAGCGGCGUGGGGCGUACUUCCUUGACGCCCCAAUGAGCGGCAGCCCCCGCGCGUGUUUCAACGGGCAGCUGCUGCUGAUGGUCGGUGGUCACGCAGAGUCCUUCCAGAAGAUGCUGCCGAUAUUUCACAUGUACGCCGACACGGUGCACCACAUGGGCGCAAGCGGCAGCGGGUCAGCGACGAAAAUGAUCUCGCAGGCGCUCGUCGCAUCCCACAAUGCGGCAGCGGCCGAGGCGCUGACGAUGGCGCACCGGCUGGGCCUCGAGGACCAGAGCAAACUUGUGCAGGUACUUGACGCGUCGUGGGGAUCCAGCACGAUGCUGCGCCGCAACGCGCCGCUUCUGCAGGAUCUCAUUCGGAACCCUGACAAGACCCCACCAACCUCCACCACCAGCGUUGACAGGCUGUUGGCGGAUAUCGCCCUCCUCGACGAGUCGCUGCUAAAGCAAAGAUCUUCCGCUUUGGAUACCAACGAGGAGGGUGAGCCAUUCCCUGUGUUGGAUACCGCCCUCCGUUCUCUGGCCGCCGCGUCAGAUGCGGGAAUGGGCGAGCGCGACAUUGCUGCUGCUGUGCAUUACAUACAGGCUGGCGAAGCCGAGCUGCGAAGCCGUCUCGCGGAGAAGCGAAGAGGCGGUGAGAGUGCAGAGACAAGCAGUAAGGCAGUGGGUACCGGAAGCGGUGAUGCUCCUGUGGCUGGGAGUGGCGGUAGUGUGGUGGCCGCCGCGCAGGGACCCGUUGAGUUUGGGGAAGAGGACUUCUAUUAG